AUGGCCAGAAAUUAUAUAAUCUUGACAUUCCUUCUAAAGUUGCUGCUAUCAUCUGUCUCUACUGCCACAAACAGUAACUCAGACAUCCGCCAAGCCAUUGAGGAGAUGAGGACAGCAAAUUAUUUCACCUUUAUAAUGCUGAUUAACAUGGUCCCUGUUGACCUUAUUCAAGGAAACAUCACUUUCUUGAUGCCAAGAGACAGGACACUGUCCCAAACAUUAAUCCAAGAAAACGACGUGGCAGAUUUCUUGCAACGACAUUCCAUACAGUCACCAUUGGCUUUCGACCACCUCCAACACUUCCCAACAGGCUCCAUGAUACCAACUUCAAUACCCGACCUUUUCCUCAGAGUCAACAAUUCUGGUAACAUGCAUUUCUUUCUCAACAACGCCAGAGUCGUUAGUCCAAAUAUCUGCACCAAAAGUGCUUCCAUCAGAUGUCAUGGCAUUGAUCAAGUCCUGGAAGCUGCCACUUUGGCAUCUGAUCAUAAUGCCAGUCUUCCUGUGCCUCCACCUUGUGAUCAUAUCAUUACGAGUCCGCCUUUUGGGCUGGUUGCAUCACCUCCUGCAAUGUCACCACCAUCAGCAGCACAGCCAAUAAGUAGCAACAUUAAUCCGGUCCCAUCAUCGGCUCCACCACUGAAAUCUACAGUAGCUUUAAGUCAAACCGGAAUAACUGGGCUUAUUUGGUUGCUAAUGGCCGUGAAGUUAUCUCUUUGAUUGAAACUUAGGCUUCAAAUUGAAUCAAAGCAAGAGAGCAAGCUUGUAUAUGGAGGCCAAACGGAAAUACUGAUAUAUUAUUGAAUUUGUAUUGCAUAUGGUACUUCUAGUCUAUUAAAACUUCUUGUUUGUGUUGCCACUUUCUUUAGAUGCUCCAAAGGUAUCUUCUCUUAGAUAUCAGGUUUGAACUAGAUAAAAGUCCACAAACAACUUUUUUACAAAAAGGGCUUGAAGUAUUAUUAAUUGAACAGUACUGCAUCAUUGUGUUAGUUUGAAUUGAGAUACUGUGGGAUGAUUUUAA